CCAGAGGUGGUGGAGAGGCUGGGCUGCCGUCCACAGAGACUGGAGGGUGCAGGGGAGGGGGCUACGGCAGGCCCCACCCCCUCCAGAGCCUCGAGGCCCGCGGGGUCCAGGGGCCCGAAGGGGCCCGUGGGAAGCGCCCAGGGGUCCCCAGGCACAGUCUGCGCCCAUUGGCUGGCCGCUUCGGCAUGCAAAUAAGGCAACGUCACUUCCUGAGGCAGCUGAGCGCCAUCUUCUCUUUCUGGAGCGCGGGAGGAGGGACGGGCGCGGGGCGGGUGCGGGCGGGGGUCCCGCCGCGUAGGCGGAGGACGCGGCAGUGUUGCGACGGCGGCGGGACGCGGCGCUUCUCGCGCCCCGCGGUAGGGAAAACUUCAAAAAUGUUUCAAAUUCCUGUAGAGAAUCUUGACAACAUCAGAAAGGUGCGGAAAAGGGUGAAAGGCAUUCUUGUAGAUAUUGGACUUGACAGUUGCAAGGAGUUGCUGAAGGAUCUUAAAGGCUUUGAUCCAGGAGAGAAAUACUUUUAUAAUACAUCAUGGGGCGAUGUUUCUCUUUGGGAACCUUCUGGAAAGAAAAUGAGAUACCGAACAAAGCCAUACUGUUGCAGCCUCUGUAAGUACUCGACGAAGGUGCUCACUUCACUCAAGAAUCAUUUACAUCGUUACCAUGAAGAUGAGGCUGACCAGGAGCUGCUGAUCCCCUGCCCCAACUGCCCAUUUGCCUCGCAGCCCAGGGUGGUGGGCAAGCACUUCAGGAUGUUUCAUGCACCUGCUCGAAAAGUCCAGAGCUACACUGUGAACAUUCUGGGUGAGGCAAAGACAUCAAGGAGUGAUGUGAUAAGUUUCACAUGCUUAAAAUGUAACUUUUCCAACACUUUGUACUACAGCAUGAAGAAGCACGUGCUGGUGGCCCAUUUUCAUUAUUUAAUUAACUCCUACUUUGGUCUGCGGUCUGAGGAAACAGGAGAGCAACCAAAAGCAAAUGAUACUCUUUCUGUGGAUAAGAUCCCACCAUCUGACAAAUACUACUGUAAGAAAUGCAGCGCCAACGCCGGUAGUCAGGAUGCCUUGAUGUACCACAUUUUGACAUCUGAUGUACACAGGGACUUGGAGAAUAAGCUGAGGUCUGUGAUUUCAGAACACAUCAAGAGAACUGGACUUCUGAAGCAAAUGCAAAUUGCGCCAAAACCAGCUGCCCGGUUGGCGUUGCCACCAAACAGCAGUGCUCCAGGCAUUGCAGCCCCUCCUCCUUGCUUUCACCUUGCUUUGCCGCAGAACAGUCAAAGUCCAGGCACCGUGCAGCCAGUGACUGUGGCCCAGGGCACUUCUGGGAACCUUACACAUUCCCCUCCUGCCACUGCCCAGUCUCAAGUAGCUCUGGUCUCCAGCCCUCUGCCUGUGUGCCAGAGCAGCCUCACCCUGCAGCCCUCAGCUCCCCCACCUGUCUUUCUGUCCCACAGUGUUUCACUUAAUCAGCCUGCGAAUACUCCUGUGCUGCCCCUGACUCAACCAGUUGGUCCCGUGACUAAGUCUGUUGGAGCAAGCAUUCUUCCCAUCAAUCAAGCUGUCCGCCCCAUCAAUCAAGCUGUCCGCCCUGGAGUUUUACCCCUCACUCAGCCCAUGGGGCCCAUAAACAGACCUGUGGGGCCUGGUGUCCUACCUGCAGGACCCUCUGUCAACCCUGGGGUUCUGCAGGCUGCCUCUCCAGGGGUGAUUUCUGUUGGUCGGGCAGUCCCGUCAGGUAUCCUUCCUGCAGGCCAGGUGACCCCUGCUGGGGUGAUCCCUGGACAGACAGCAACUUCUGGGGUCCUACCCACUGGCCAGGUGGUCCAGUCAGCAGUUCUUCCUGUUGGCCAGACAGCCCCAUCGAGGGUUCUCCCUCCUGGCCAGACAGUGCCCUUGAGGGUUCUCCCUGCAGGCCAAGUGGUGCCACCCGGACUGCUCUCCUCCAACCAGACGGUCCCCUCAGGUGUUGUCCCUGUGAACCAGGGUGUGAACUCUGGUGUUCUUCAGCUCAGUCAACCUGUCACAUCAGGAGUCCUUCCUGUUGGCCCGCCAGUUAGGCCUGGUGUACUGCAGCUCAGUCAGUCUGUCAGCACCAGCAUCCUGCCUGUGAGCCAGCCAGUGAGAGCUGGAACUUCGCAGAACACUACCUUCCUUACUUCAGGCUCUAUUCUCAGACAACUCAUUCCCACAGGGAAACAGGUGAAUGGGAUCCCCACCUAUACCCUGGCCCCCGUGUCUGUCACUCUGCCUGUGACCUCUGGUGGAGGCCUUGCAACUGUUGCACCACCCCAGGUGCCUGUGCAAUUCUUGCCUUCAGGCUCUGGCACACAGAUGGCCAGCUCCUUGCCCAGCCUGCCCUCCCCACAGGUGAUAGUGAGCACUGCCCCUAGUGUGUUUGUUCAGGCCACUUCUCCUAUGGCAGAUGCGAACCAGGCACUCAAACAAGCCAAGCAGUGGAAAACAUGCCCAGUUUGCAAUGAGCUCUUCCCUUCCAAUGUCUACCAGGUUCAUAUGGAAGUGGCUCACAAGCAGAGUGAGUCCCAGCUCUGCCAGGUUUGCAAUGAGCUCUUCCCUUCCAAUGUCUACCAGGUUCACAUGGAAGUAGCUCACAAGCAGAGUGAGGCCAAGUCUGGUGAGAAACUUGAACCUGAAAAGCUGGCUGCAUGUGCCCCAUUUCUGAAGUGGAUGAGGGAGAAGACGGUGCGCUGUCUCUCUUGUAAAUGCCUGGUCUCGCAGGAGGAACUGAUGCACCACUUGCUCAUGCAUGGCUUGGGGUGCUUAUUUUGUCCAUGUACUUUCCAUGAUGUCCGGGGCCUUGUGGAACACAGCAGGACUAAGCAUCUGGGCAAGAAAAGGCUGUCUAUGGAUUAUAGUAACAGAGGUUUCCAGCUUGACUUGGAUGCUAAUGGCAACCUCCUGUUCCCCCAUCUUGAUUUCAUCACCAUACUGCCACGAGAGAAACUCGGGGAACGGGAGGUGUACUUGGCCAUCCUUGCUGGGAUACACUCCAAGUCACUGGUGCCUGUGUAUGUUAAGGUGAGGCCUCAGCCUGAGGUUGUGCCAAAGAUGCCUAGUAAACAGAAGCUGACCUGCCCCUUCUGCUUUGGCACAUUCCUGACUGCUGACGCCUAUGAGCUGCAUCUGAAGGAGAGGCACCACGUCAUGCCUACAGUCCACACAAUGCUCAGGUCUCCUGCCUUCAAGUGUAUCCACUGCUGUGGGGUCUACACUGGAAAUAUGACCCUGGCAGCCAUUGCUGUCCAUUUGCUGCGGUGUAGAAGUGCUCCCAAGGAUAGCAGCUCAGACCUGCAAGUCCAGCCAGGUAUUAUUGAGAGCAGUGAACUCCUGUUAGUCAAUGGGGAAGUGAUUCCUGAUUCUGCUGUUCCUGUAAAGAGAAAGCUGCCUGAAGGCCAUUUAGGGGCAGAAGGCCAGAGGGAUGGGGAAGAGCCUCCACUCAGCCUAAACACUGAUGCAGCUCCAGGUCCAGAGAAAGGACUGAGUGCUGUACCUUUGAAGAGACAGAGGAAUGAAAGCAGGACAGAGGGACCAGGGGCCAGUGAUGACUCACUCCAGGUGUUAGUGUUAGAUCCCAGUAAGUAUGAAGGCCGGUCCUAUGAGGACAAGAAGCAGUUUCUUAGAGAUUAUUUCCAUAAGCGACCAUAUCCUAGUAGGAAAGAAGUGGAACUGUUGUCUUCACUCUUGUGGGUGUGGAAAAUUGACGUGGCUUCAUUUUUUGGAAAAAGAAGGUAUAUUUGCAUGAAAGCAAUAAAAACUCACAAGCCCUCUGUACUUCUAGGUUUUGAUAUGUCUGAACUUAAAAAUGUCAAACACAGAUUGAAUUUUGAGUAUGAAUCACAAAACCUGUUAUAGAGUAAGCCUGAAGUCCUAGGCAGUGGUUUCCGGUGACUCUGGAGGCCCUCCUCACUGUGUUCUCAGUGUCUGAGGCCCUUCAAGGUGUUCCAGGUGCUCAGAAAGAUGUUGGAUAAGAAAGCAAAUACUUCAGAUGUACUGUUUCCUGCAGUUUGAUUUGCAACCGUUUCUCGUGAUUUUUUUCCUGUCGUGUAAAUUCAAUCAUUGGUAUUCCAUGCACGUCUUGUUUGCCCAGGAGUGUCAGUAUCAAUAGUAGCAACCUGGGAUCUACAAAUACUUGUUUUUUUUUUUUCAUUUUAGGACAUUUCUGCUUGUUUGAAAACACUUGAUUAACAGAACAUUAAAGCAUUGCUUGCCCUCAGCUUUACAGACAGCAGCUAGUGACAGCACUUGUUAGAGAAGUGAGCACUGUGCUGUGUAUGGCUCCCUAAGAAUAUACUUUGAAGCAUUAACUUCUGCUGAAUCUGAAUGCCGUUUGCUGAUGAGAUUGCAGAUUUGAUUUAUACCUUUUCAGGUUUGUUCUGAAAAUUAUUUUUAAAAUAUUAUAAUUCAUAGAAAAACCAAAUGUUUUUGUUUAUUAAAAAUAUCCUGAGCCCAAAGUUUGGUAUAUAGCAAAUAAUCAAGUGUUGCUUUAUAAAUAAAGUCUGUAGGAGCAGAAACACUUUCUGGUGCAGACUUUUGUCUUUUGAUACAAGUCAUUUCUCCAUUCAAAGGUAAGAUAAUAAAUUUUUAGUGCCUUUAGAAUAAACUGAGAAAACGCUGCAAAUACUUCUUUCCCUGGAACUGCUCAUGAACUCGUAGAGGGGAAGGGCUGUGACACACAUGGAGUCCUGUCCUGCAUGUAACACUACUUGAGAUGGAGUACAGGUUUCAGGGUGAUGGGCAGGUGAGGAGCUCCAUCUGUGUUAGAAUAUCUUGGGAUAGAUGUAUUAGUGUUGGAGAAACAGGCUUUCUCUGGCUCAGCUGUCCAGAUGAAUGGGAUAGGGCGUUGAUAAUCUUCACAGUCCUUCAGAUGCCAAACCUUGGUUUUUCAUGGUUUAAAAUAAAGCACCAGAACUGGUGAUGAGGACCAACUCACCCAUGUCCAAGUCAUCUCUGGUGAUGUACAUCAGAGGGGCCUGCCCACCUCUAGGUAGAGUAUCUGGAAUGUUUGAUGGCCUCUGGGAAGUCCUGCAGUGUUGUUACAUAGAUUUUUUAAAAAUUAAACACUUGCAUGUAAUUGA